AUGAGUUUCAACGGCGCGAACUGUAUCCUCUUACCGGCUCUUGAAGCAGUCGUCGCACGCUAUGUGCUUGCAGAAUGUCUUCCGGGCACCUCUCUCACCACGUACUGGCUAGCUUCUACUAUUCUCAACAACACAGUCCUCAUCUUCUACAACAUGGUCCUCUAUCCUUUCUUCCUUAGCCCACUGCGCAAUCUGCCGCAACCCAAAGGCUUCAUUCCGCUCUUCGGCCACGGACGGUUGCUAUUGAAGAAGCGUCAGGCAGGCGGGGACUGGCAUCUGCAAACCAUGAAGACAGUGCCCAACGACGGCAUCAUCCUCCGGCGAGGGUUUCUUCAUACCACUAGACUUAUCCUGACCACGCCGGCGGCACUGGCAGAUGUACUGGUGCACAAGAGCUAUGAUUUCGAGAAACCGUCUCGAGCAAGAAGGUUCCUGAUGAGGUUCCUGGGAGAGGGCUUGUUGCUAAGUGAAGGAGAAGAGCACAGGCUACAGCGGAAGAGGUUAGCGCCUGCGUUCCACUUCAGGAACGUUAAAGAAUUGUAUCCUGUGUUUUGCGCAAAGUCGAUGGAGUUCUGCGGCGCGAUUAGGCAGGAGCUUUUUGGGCGACCAGAUGGCGUAUUGGAUAUCUGUCAGUAUACAUCGCGGGUGACGUUGGACCUCAUCUGUCUCGCUGGUAUGGGUCGGGAUACCGGGUCUCUGUUGAACGCCGAUGACGAGUUGAUCAAGAACUACGAGGAGAUUCUGGAGCCCUCCGCGGAGAAGAUGUGGUACUAUGUGGCUAACAUUGUCCUACCGCCUUGGCUGGUCAGCAUCCUACCCUGGAAGCUGCAUGAGCGGGCCAGGGUUACGACGAGGAAUUUGCGCAGGAUUUGUUCCGAGUUUGUAGCGGAGCGGAGGGCAAAGAUGCAGCAUAAGGAUGCCGAGAGCCGUGACAUCUUGUCGAUCAUGAUACGCGACAGCCAACUGUCGGAUAAGAACCUGGUUGAUCAACUCCUCACCUUGUUAGCCGCAGGGUUAGUACCCCUACCUUCAAGUCCACUCGUGCACAAAGCUGACCGGUACAGUCAUGAAAGCACGUCUUCUGCCUUGAUAUGGACGUCCCACCUACUGGCCCAGCACCCAGCCGUUCAAACGCGCCUUCGCUCCGAGAUCCAGCAAUGUAUCCCUGAUCCAAAAGUCCUCUCGGACUCCAGCUUCAAUUCCGCCAGCCUUUUGGCGAAUAUGCCCUACCUUAACUGCGUCCUUAACGAAGUCCUGCGCCUCUUCCCUCCAGUUCCCAUCACGGCGCGCGUCGCCAUCAGAGACACGGUAGUCUGUGGCCAAAUCAUACCCAGCGGCACCAUGGUAUGGAUCGCUCCAUGGGCAAUAAACCGCAAUCCGCAGCUGUGGGGCCCGGACUCUGAAAAGUGCGUACCCGAGCGUUGGAUCGACAGCAAGACGGGGCGCGCGACGAUGAACGGUGGGGCGGACAGCAACUACAGUUUUCUCACGUUUUUGCAUGGGCCGAGGAGCUGUAUAGGAGAGAGAUUUGCGAGAGCCGAGCUAAGGGCGCUUGUUGCGGCGUUUGUGGGGAGCUUCGAGUUGGAAAUGGAAAACCCUAAAGAGAAGGUUGUCGUAGGUGGUGCGAUCGCUAGUAAGCCGAGGAAUGGGAUGAAGCUUAAGCUGAAGAACGUGCAGUGGGGUCCUUGA